AUGUCGCUGUCGACUGCUGUGCAAAUUAUGGCAAACCAAAGCAUCAAGGAUCAAAGGAAGACUUUUUCCGAGCUGCCUGAACUCUCCUGUGACCUUCUGGACGAGGACUUUCACCUGAAUAAGUCUUAUCCAUGCACUCAGAAACCAAAGUACCAGAAAAGCCUCAAUGACUUGCAACGUCGUUAUGUUUAUUUUGACUCCCUGAUAGGUGAACAUCUUGAUGUUUGCUCCAACACAAGAAGAAAAAGCCAUCUGCUUGGUCACACACUUCCUGGUUCCCAAGUUUCUACUCACUUCCUGCCACAGCCAUCCACUGCAUCAGAGACAGAAGAUGGUUUUCUUAAUCUUUUUAUUUCUGGAGAGUUUUGCCUGCUUGGAUAUCCAGCUGCCCUUAAUCCAAACAAAGUAGUUCUUACUGUCUCCCAUAAAACCAGAGAGAUAUUGUCAGCAAAUGACCAAGCAAGCAAACUGUUUGAGUGCUCUACUAAAGAACUGAUUGGAAAGAAGCUUUCUUCAGUAUUAAAGAAAACCAGUCAAGUCCUAGAAGAAGCACUGGAAGAAGAUUAUCCACUAGCAAAUGGACAUGUUGCAUCUGUUUCUGGAAAAGUGGUGGAUGCUGUGAAAUUAUCUGGAGAGGUGCCAGUAUCUCUGUGUACAUACAGACCGUCGCAAAAUGAAGACUACUGGUUUGUCAUGUUGGAAAAUGUAGAGAGGGUAUUCGGACUUGUGAACUUUUCACAAGAUGGCUCCAUCCUUAACUGUGACUGGGCAUUUGCUCAUUUCCAUGGAUACCACAACCCGGAGGACUUAAAAGGAGUAUCUGUAUGGGAAUUAAUUCCCUCAUUACAAAUUCCUCUUUAUGGCCAUGCUUUGUCUAAAACUUUGAGGGUUCAGAGAGUGCAUGGGAAAAGCAGGAAUGGUGCAUCAGUCCCACUCUGUGUAAAACUUCAGGGGGCAGCACUAUGCGGAAAACCACAGCACAAAAACAAAUUCAUCGUCCACUCGCCCAGCCCAGCUCUGGAAUACUCUGGAACAGUCUGGGUGUUUUGCCCUAUGAGCAGCCUUCUCCUCCUACAUCCAGAUGGCUCCAUCUUCAGCAUCCACAACCAUCUGGCCCUCACUCUGUUUGGGUACAGCAAGGAUGAGCUACUGGGAAAGAAUAUCACUUUCCUGCUGCCUGGUUUCUUUGCAUGGACGUCUGACCCUGACAACGAGGAAAACCCAGUUUCUGAUUCUCGUGCCGAGGUGGGCAAAAGCCCAGUUGUAUCAAAAAUAUUAGGAGUUACAGACCCUUCGUCUCUUUUGGCCGGAGACAUGGCCAUGGUGCAGCAGGCUAUCCUGGGACGGACCUCAACAGGAAGAGGAAGGAUCUUCACUGGAACCAGUACCAGACUGGAAAAACAUGGCAGCGCGCUGUCUACUCUUUCUCUUCCUGCUGUUACCUCCACACAUUUGGUCAUGUAA